AUGGACCCUGUACCAAAAAAGAAAAAGUCUGUCUCUUCCAAAUAAGACAAAUCCCAAGCAGGCAGUGUCAAAUCUAAGAAGUAAUAGCCUCCUGGAGAAAUUUUGGAAUAAUAACAUUCAUAACAUGAUCUUCAAAUUGAUGACCAUCAAUAGCAUGAUCCCUUUAUUCCUCCUCCCAUUUAAACAUAAGUCAAAGUUUGCAUUCAUCACAAUCUCCCAUUCCAGUUUUUCUGUGAAGCAUGUGAAGAUCCUAUUUGUUAACAAUGUACCAUCCUAGGCCCUCACAAUACUUAACUACAUAGAAUUAAUAGAUUAAGUGAUUCAUUCAAAUUGCGAUGUGCUAAAAUUGAAGAAUCAAUCAAAGCCAAUCUGUUAGGGAAAAGAGAAUAACUGUUAGCAUAAAUUCAUAGAAUAGAAUAUAGAAUCGAAGAGAUUAAAUAUGUCAAAACCAUCAUUGAGAGAGAUGCAAGAGCUGAAUUUGGAGGAGUCUUGGAAAGAUUAAAAUAGAGUGAAGGAUAAAAGUUGGCAAUCCUGAGUCAUGAGAUAUCUGAAUUAUAAAGAGAUUUGGAUAAAAUCAAUGAAGUAGGAUCAUAAUUCUAUGAUCUCAAAGAGAUUCCUGAUCCUUGUCCAUUCCUUCUGAAAUCAAGAAACAUUUAUGAUUAGAUUGAAUAUAUGGUUGCCAAACCAUUCAAAGUCUAAAUUGAUGUUUACCCAUAUGAUUUACCAAGAGAACUUACUGAAUUAAGAUUGCAAUUACAAAAGGCCUCUGCUUAAUAAUAAUUGAUCGAAUUCAAAAAUGAAAUCAUUUGGAAAUUACUUAGUGAAAAAUAAAUAGAUGAAGAAACAAUCAAACAAGAAUUGGAAAGACAAGCAAGUGAGGAGAUAAAUGAAUGGAGUAAAUUGGUUGACAAAUUCUCAUAGGAAUUAAAGAGGUAAUAGCUGGUUUGCUAUUAUUGUGGCUGUAAAAUGGAAAAGUAAUAUGUUAAUUCAGUCUGCGCAUAAAAUAGACAAGAAUAAGAUUAUGAUAAGGUGUUUUGUAAUGAAUAACCACCAUAAAACUAUCACGGCACUAGUAGGCAUUAUUUUGCAGAUCCAAUUUUAUGA